AGGUCCAUCCCGUUGAGCUCCUGAGCCCUGUUGGACGGACGAGACUGUUGCAGAAGACUGCGGUGAAAAUGCACUGGACAGGUUUGACCCUUGGGUUCGCGUAAGGAGUGAAUCUUUUUUGGGGGAAAAAAAAAUAGAGGGGGAGCAAAGGGAUAAGGAGACCAUCUGGCAAUCUGUGAGUGGACAACUUUAGCUGGCACCUCUCCCUGUAGGAUGUGCAGCAACUCAGCUUCCAGCCAGGACGAUGAAAGACAGUGUAAGUUCCUCUCCUAUAUGUUUUACCAGGCAGUUAGAGACCGCAAGCCCGUCUGGAUGCUAGAGGACAUGAGGACGAUGGAAUCGUUUUACUGGGAAGACAGCACCACCCUCCGCACUUACUCGCCUUCAGAGGCCCUCCUGUACGCAGUGGUACACAAUCACCUCCCGUACGCCCAAUACCUGCUAAGCCAUUACCCGGACGAGGCCCUGGAGGUGCCCGGGGAUCGCUUCUGCUGUUGCCCUUCCUCGGCCCCUCACCUCGCCAUGGCGGUCAGGUAUGACCGCAAGGACAUCCUUGGGCUGAUCCUGAAGAUAACCCACCAACUGCCGGGCUUCAAGUCCUACAUCAACAGGAAAGGCUGCUUCCACAUCGAGGACGGCAAGACCCCUUUGCACUUGGCGUGUGAGCUGCUCAGGGCCGAGACUGUGCUCAUGUUACUGGGCAGCGGCGCCUCGCCCAAGAUCGUGGACAGCAAGGGGCUGACCCCUCUCGAUGUCAUCCUGGAGCAACUCCGGGUGUCAAAGAUCAACGUCGAGUCCAAGAGGCUCUGCAUCGACCAGCUGCUGCUGUUCAUGUCCAGUCUGCAGUUCAAAAUGAAGAGGGCUCUGGAGGACAACCCGACUGAGUGGAAUGGGCUUCUGGGGGAGGAGAAAUACAACUACCUCUGCGGGAAAGCACCCGCCACUUUAUUCCUCAUCUCGAUGCAGGGCAUUUUAAAAUGCCUUCCACCGUCUAGAUUCCCAGCUAGCAUCAAGGAAUUGCCCAUACCCCAGUCCCUAAAGCCAUUGCCUUUAGGAAUAUCGACAUUCCGCUGUGUGGAUGUCCUGUAGCGUACCACAAGACUUCGAAUUUUCCCUGAGAGGCAUUUUUGAACGUGAAUUAAUUGUUUCUGCCGGAGCAUGCUGUUGCAUCAAAUACAAAAUAGUCCUCUAAUGAUACUGCAUGGCGUGUUAUACUUUUUGAUACAUUUUUUAGCUGGGUCACCCCAUCACAGAUUAAGUACUGGCGUUGAAAAUCAGGGGCAUUGCAAAGUUGGCUGACAGAUAACACGAUAAAAAAUCUUUUGUUUUUAACAUACCGGGUGCAGAAAGUGCUGAACGGAAUUGCUAUAUACACUGCUGCUUAAUGAUAUAUUGCCUGAAUCUAAGAGGAAAAUUGCCACUCGAUUCUAUCUAACUGCAUUGUCGGGUUUAAUACCGUACGGAUGCAGGCUGUCCAUGUCUGCAUGUAUUGUAAGUGAAUUCUGUUUGUGGAUUGGAUUCCUGGUAACCGCAUUGAACGUGAGUUGAUAGAACGAGAAAAAUGUGAGGCUUAAUUUUGUCAGAGAAUGAAACUUAACACGUCGUAGCAUGGCUGUGCAUCGCUGGAGUAGGGGGAACAGAUAUUUAAAAGUAACGUAGUUCUUUUUUGGUUUCAUUAUGGGAUAUGCGGGCAUAACCUUCAGCCCUCAACGCACCUUGUUAUAAAAGCGUGUGGACUGGUCCCAACCAGAGGGGAACAUGACUGCGAAAUUCUCGAAAUCAAAUUCAAGUACUCCAGAGAAACACUAACAAAAUAUGUGAGGAACCAUUGUUAUAAUAGAGAAAAUGAUAUGAAAUGAAUAGAUUUGCAUGCUUAUUAUCUAUGUAAAAAUGAACAUGAUUGAGCUAUAGAGCCAACAAAUUGUAUUUAAGGUUUGAAUUAGUGCCAAAGCUUAUCAAUGUAUAUGCUAAUUAACCUUUCACAAAUGUACAUACCCAUUAUUGAGGAUUUUAAUCAUUUUUACAUGUACAUUUAACAGAUUUUUAUUUUCUGAAACUUUUAUUCAUGUAUAUUUGUUUAUUAAAUAUAAAAUAUUUAAUUAUUUAUUGCAACAGUAGAGCUGUUAUUCAAUAUUUUAAUCACUAGCUGAACAUGCCUUAUUAUGAACUAGGUGCUACUAAUUUCUGGUUCAUGAAUAAUAGAAGAGUUUUCAAUGUCAAUAAAGGAUAUGCGGUAUUAAUAUUUACCUGUAUGACCAUAUAUUUUAAUCUUUCUGUCCAUUUGUUGACAAGAUGGAAUGAUAAAAAAUAGACUAACAGGUCAUAAUUCCUAUGAGUGCAUCAACACCAACUUCUGAUAAGAUGACACCUUGAAUGUAAUAAACCACCCCUAGGUACUUAAUAAGAGCAUUAUCGAGCAAAAUGUAAUACAACUUCAUCUGAAGAGAUCUUAGAAGUGAUGACCAAAAUCAUGGCCAAACUAAUAGAUUGAAAAGAAUUCACCAAAUACGGGAUAUAUAGUAAGGAAGUAAGGUUUAUGGAGGGAAAUGCAAAGCUGACAACCUCUAAGCAUGGGUCUCAAAAAUGAAGUGAAAAUCAGGAAUGAUCAAGAGAUCAGAAUUUAGAAAAACAUAUAUAUCUGAGCUGGUGUGUAGGGCUGUAGGAUAGUACAGAGCUAAGAACGUUCGAGUCAGCGGGGUUGACUGAAUUUUCUUUUUAUUUGUUCAUAGAAUGUGGGUUUUGCUAACUAGGCCAGCAUUUAUUGCCCACAAUUAAUUGCCUAGAGAGCACUUAAGAAUCAACCACAUAGCUGUGGGUCUGGAGUCACAUGUAGAAAGACCAGACAAGUUAUUGCAUAGAUACAAAGUAUAUUUAUGUAUCUGAAAGGCAUGUUCUACAAAAUUAGUCAAGGUAUCUAAAACAGUGUUGCUGUAAGUCUUUGGCUGGCUAGUGAUUUCUAUUGGAUAGCAACUAAUUUAAAAUCGAAUUAUAAGCGCAUGUGUAAGUAUGAAUGGACAUCUUUUGUAUCGCCAAAAUGCAUGAGUGUGGAAUGAAUUUAUUUAAAAGUAAUAAAUAUGGCAAAAUUCCAAUAAAUGUCUUGGUUAGUAAUUUUAAAAUUCGGAUAGAAACUCUUGCCCAGUGUACCAUUUUGAUUAUUUGUAUGUUUGGAAUGGAAUUGUUGCUGCUCUAGAACCUUUUUAGCAUAAAUGUUGAUAGUGAAAUAAUACCAUAUCAGACUUCCAUGAAGCUGCAGAAUCCAGGCAGAUGCAGGAAACUAGCAAUUCUGUUGGAGUAAUCAUUCCUAAAGGCUACAACACAGCAUGGCACUGAACCUAAUGCUAAUAUCAUAGCAAAAAGCUACUUUAAAAGGUAUCGGGCUGAAAAGACAGUAACUACUAUUCCUAAAAACCACACUACCCUUCUAGGGCCCAUUUCAUUUCUAUCCAACUCUCCUUUAAAAUUUCUCACUUUUUUCCCCCAUUUUCUUUCUGGGUAAUACAUUCCUUGCAUGCAACCAACCCCUACAUAAAGGUAUUAAACCUGAUCUCUUCUAAGCUUCAUGUUGCUUCUAACGUUUGCAGAAAUUUUAAAAUUGUCUUUACCAUUUCCUUAAUAAUCCUGAAUGUCUCAAUAGUAUACUAUUCAAGCCUUUUUUCCUCCCUUGAUUAAAUGUUUCCAGGCUUUUUACCCUCUCCUCACAUUCCAGAUACCUUAGGAUGUUACUAUUUGUGCUCUUUUCAGUGUCUGGAUAUUUCUAUGACUGUGCUUAGAUUUGUACAUAAUGCUCUAUAUGUGAUUGUUUAAUGGCCUAUGCAGCCGAAAGAUCAUUUUUUGAAAUGUGCUUUAUAUUCCACUAGUUGUGCACCCAGUUAGCUUUUUGCUUUGCUGUUGCACAUAUUUAUUACAG